AUGCCUGAAGAAAGUGAAAUCUUUAAAGAAGACAGAGAGAUACCUAACGUUGAACAAGGGGUAGAAGCUGAAGAAGCUGACAGCAAUGGAAACAGCAGUGUAAAAGUGUUUGGUGCAGAAACAAGCUGUGGCAGCCAAAAUACACAAGUGGGUUUUCUUCAAGACUUGGGCUUUGCAAAACCUAAUAUUGUCAAACCUAUCAAUGUAGGUCUUGAUGUUUCUUUUCAGUAUUCAGAGCAGCACUACAAGGAGCCUAAUCCUUCCAACCAAGUAAAUAUGCAAAAACAAGCUAUUGAGAAAGCUAGAUUAUAUGAUUAUCAGUUUAGGAAUGCUAUGAACUCUGAAGAAAUUAAGAGCAAUACCGAUCAUAAACAGUAUGUGAAAAGAGAGUUAUCUGAAAAGCUAUUAACUGCAAAAGAUGGCUUAUGUAGUGAUAACGUAGAGGACAAGGGGGAAUCUGUAGCUAGAGAAAAUCGUCCAGAAGGGUUAGCAAAUGUGACUUCUCACUGUAGUGAAACUGUGAUCAUACAUCCUACAACAUGUGCAGUAAAAGAAGAUUGCGUGGCGUUGGUGUGUACAGAAGUCGCAGCUACAAAUACAAAUUGGCCAGAUCCCAUUAGAACAUUAUCGGAGGAGAUGCCAGAGAAACAGUUUGGGGAUAUACUUACAUUUCAAGCUACAAGUGAACCACCCAAUCAUGAUAAGAAUGGUAACAACAGAAGUAAAAGAAAAUGGAGUUCUGUUCAACUUGAAGAAGAUGUAAAGGCAAAGAAAAUAGGGUCUACAAAAAUUAUGAAUGGGCCCUACUUAGAAGCAGAAAUGGAAAAAGAGCCAGAGACUUUAGGAGAAAAAGAUCAACAGUUGAGUCAGCUGGAGGAGUUGCUAGAAGAAAUGCUAAAUGACCCAUCCCCUGAUUCUCCUGAAUUGGAUGUAGGGGGAAACAGCCCUGUGAUUACAUGGUGUGUGAGCAUGUGGCCUGAUCCAUCAUCAGAGUCUGACACAGAAAUAGACGUGUUGCAUUAA